AUGCACGCAACAAGUUCCACAAUGUCAGAAUCAGAAGUUGCUCUUUUAGAGUGCAUUCGCCAGCAUCUUCUCGACGACGACGACGGCGACUACUUCGAAACCCUAGCGAAAAUCGCCCAAAAUGUUCAAUUCCAUUUCCCAGAUUCAAGCUGCGGCACAUUUCCGUCGCUGGACGCAAAUGAUUACAAGGACGUGAACGCCUAUCACGAUCCCCCGAAAGAUGCUGUCGGGUUCGAGUCGCCCAGCUCAUUGAAUGAGCAAUCUGUCGUGGAUUAUGGACACGUCGAAGCGAAUGAGGCCACACCCGCAGUGACGCGUGAAUGUGACACCCGGCCCGGAGGGUGUCUCUACCGGGGAGUGAGGAGGCGGCCGUGGGGGACGUAUGCAGCAGAGAUUCGGGACCCGAAGAGGAACGGUGCGAGGAGGUGGCUCGGGACCUACGAGACCCCGCGGGAGGCUGCGUUGGCUUACGACCGUGCAGCGUUCGCGAUGCGCGGGGCCAAGGCCCGGCUGAAUUUCCCUCACUUGAUCGGUUGCGAUGAGGCGGAGCCGGUGAGGGUGACUCGGAAACGGCUCCGCUCGGCUGAGGCUGAGAGCAGCUCGCUGGAUUCGAAGUGGAGAAUGGAGGAUUUGACUGGCCCCGCCGGCGACCCCGACGAGCUUAAUUGCUAUGUCCUGCGGUUUUAA